AUGGCUGUUCAACAGAAGAGUGCUUCUGAAAGAUAUCAGAAGAUAUCUCAAUUAGAACAUAUUUUGAAAAGACCUGAUACAUAUAUUGGUUCUGUCGAAAUACAAGAACAAGAGCAAUGGAUAUAUGAUAAUGAGCUUGAUUGCAUGAUUGAAAAACCAGUCAACAUUGUUCCUGGUUUAUUUAAAAUAUUCGAUGAAAUCCUUGUAAAUGCUGCUGAUAAUAAAGUUCGUGAUAAAAAUAUGAAACGUAUAGAUGUUGAUAUAAAUGCUGAAGAAAAUACUAUAUCAGUGAGAAAUGAUGGUAGAGGUAUCCCCGUAGAAAUUCAUGAAAAAGAACAAAUUUAUAUUCCAGAAUUAAUUUUUGGUCAUCUUUUGACCUCGUCUAAUUAUGAUGAUGAUGAGAAGAAAGUAACCGGUGGUAGAAACGGUUACGGUGCCAAAUUAUGUAAUAUUUUUUCUACAGAAUUUAUUCUAGAAACUGCUGAUUCCAAACAUGCUAAAAAAUAUGUUCAAAAAUGGGAAAAUAAUAUGACUACAUGUCAUCCACCAACUAUUACAACUUACAAGAAAGGUCCGUCUUAUACAAAAGUUACUUUCAAGCCUGACUUGAAGAGAUUCAAUAUGGAAAAGUUAGAUGAUGAUAUAUUGGGUGUUAUGCGUCGUCGUGUUUAUGAUAUCAAUGGUUCUGUUAGAGAUAUCAAUGUAUAUUUAAAUGGUAAUCAUUUAAAAAUCAAAACAUUCAAAAAUUAUAUCGAGCUAUAUUUAAAAUCACUUGAAAAAAAGAGACAAAUUGAUAAUGGAGAAGAUGCAUCAGUGCAAGCUAAUAUUCCAACUAUAUUAUAUGAAAGAAUUAAUGAUAGAUGGGAAGUGGGUUUUGCAGCUUCUGAUAUUUCUUUCCAGCAAGUUUCUUUUGUUAACUCUAUUGCAACUACUACUGGUGGUACGCAUGUUAAUUACAUUGCUGAUCAAAUUGUAAGAAAAGUUGGUGAAGUGUUGAAGAAAAAGAAGAAUAACAAAAAAAAUGUCAAACCAUUUCAGAUUAAGAAUAAUAUGUUUAUAUUCAUCAAUGCUUUAGUAGAAAAUCCUGCUUUCACAUCUCAAACUAAAGAACAACUAACGACCAGAGUGAAAGAUUUUGGUUCUCGUUGUGAAGUCGGAGCCGACUUUAUUACUAAGAUAAUGAAAACUGAUUUUGCUACUAAAAUUUAUGAAAUUGCUGAUGCAAACGAUACAAAUGCUUUAAAGAAAUCUGACGGUUCUCGUAAAAGUAGAAUCACAGAGUAUCCAAAAUUAGAAGAUGCUAAUAAAGCUGGUACUAAGGAGGGUUACAAAUGUACUUUAAUUCUGACAGAGGGUGAUUCUGCUUUGUCGCUAGCGGUCGCAGGUUUAGCUGUUGUUGGGAGAGAUUAUUAUGGUUGUUAUCCAUUACGUGGUAAGAUGUUAAAUGUUAGGGAAGCAAGUGCUGAUCAAAUUCUAAAGAAUGCUGAAAUUCAAGCAAUUAAAAAAAUUAUGGGUUUACAACAUAAAAAGAAAUACGAAGAUGCAUCUUCUUUACGUUACGGUCAUCUAAUGAUCAUGACCGAUCAAGAUCAUGAUGGUUCACAUAUCAAAGGUUUGAUUAUUAACUUCUUGGAAAGUUCAUUCCCUGGUCUACUAGAUAUUCCAGAAUUUUUAGUUGAAUUUAUUACUCCUAUUAUUAAAGUUACUAUAACAAAACCACACAGAGAACAAAUAUCUUUCUAUAAUAUGCCAGAUUAUGAACGUUGGAGAGAGGAAGAAUCACAAAAAUACACAUGGAAGCAGAAGUAUUACAAAGGUUUGGGUACUUCUUCUGGUCAAGAAGUUCGUGAGUAUUUUGCAGAUUUAGAUACUCAUUUGAAAAAAUUCCAUGCAUUAGAAGGUAAUGACAAGGAUUUAAUUGAACUAGCAUUUUCAAAGAAAAAAGCAGAUGAUCGUAAGGAAUGGUUAAGAUUAUAUGAACCGGGUACUGUAUUAGACCCAACUUUAAAGGAAAUCCCAAUCAGUGAUUUCAUUAAUAAAGAAUUAAUUCUGUUCUCUCUUGCAGAUAAUAUAAGAUCCAUCCCUAGUGUACUUGAUGGUUUAAAACCCGGUCAAAGAAAAGUCAUGUAUGGUUGUUUCAAACGUAACUUAGUAAGCGAAAUCAAAGUUGCUCAAUUAGCACCUUAUGUCAGUGAGUGUACUGCAUAUCAUCAUGGUGAACAGUCUUUAGCUCAAACAAUCAUCAGUUUAGCUCAAAAUUUUGUUGGUGCAAGUAAUAUUUAUCUAUUAAAACCUAAUGGUGCUUUCGGUACCAGAGCUACUGGUGGUAAAGAUGCUGCUGCUGCGAGAUAUAUUUAUACACAGUUAAGCAAAAUAACUAGAAAAAUUUUCCACCCAUCAGAUGAUACAUUAUAUAAGUAUGUCCAAGAAGAUGAAAAAACUGUGGAACCAGAGUGGUAUCUGCCAAUUUUACCUAUGGUGUUGGUAAACGGUACUGAAGGUAUUGGUACUGGUUGGAGUACUAGUAUUCCUCCAUUUAAUCCAAAAGAUAUUAUUAAAAAUCUAAAACAUUUGAUGAAUGGUGAGGAAAUGGAAGAAAUGCACCCUUGGUUCAGAGGUUGGACUGGUUCUCUGGAACGUAUCGAUCCACAGAGGUACAGGCUUUUUGGUAAAAUUGAACAAACUGGUCCAACAACAUUAGAAAUCACGGAAUUACCUGCCAGAGUAUGGACUUCAACUAUUAAAGAAUACUUAUUACUGGGAUUAAGUGGUAAUGAUAAAACCAAGGCUUGGAUCAAAGAUAUGGAAGAACAGCAUAGCGAUGCCAUUAAGUUUAUUAUCAAAUUAACUCCAGAAGAAAUGUCGAAGACGAGAAAAAUCGGUUUCUAUGAUAGGUUUAAAUUGGUUUCUAGUAUCAGUUUAAAUAAUAUGGUUGCUUUUGAUCCUCACGGUAAAAUUAAAAAAUAUGAGACACCACAGGAAAUUCUACAAGAGUUUUACUACGUUAGAUUAGAAUAUUACCAAAAGAGAAAGGAUUACAUGUGUGAAAGACUACAAUGGGUUCUUGAAAAAAUUUCCUAUCAAGUUAAGUUCAUUAAAAUGAUCAUUGAUAGAGAGUUAAUUGUUACCAAUAAACCAAAAAAAUUAGUUAUCAAAGAACUAACCGAAUUAGGAUUUCCACGAAUUAAUAAAAUUGGUAAACCAUUUUAUGGUGAAAUUAAAGAAGAAUCAGAAGAAGGAAUUGAAGACGUAUCCGAUGAAGAAAGCGACCAAAAUGGUAAUGAUGAUUCGUUAGUAAAUGGUCCUGAAGAACAAUACGGUAAUUAUGAUUACUUGUUAGGUAUGAAGAUUUGGUCCUUAACCAAAGAAAGAUACGAAAAGUUAUCGCAACAAAAGAAAGAAAAAGAAAUUGAAUUGGAAGAACUGUUAAAAUUAUCAGCACAAGAUUUGUGGGUUAUUGACUUAGACGCUUUCGAUGAAGCAUAUGAAACCUUUAUGGCCGAUGAUGCAUUUGCUCGUAAUGAUGACAAAUCAGGAAAGGGUAAGCGUAAGAGAGGAGGUGAUGAUGAUGAAUACAGUCCUAAGGGCAAAGCAAAAAAGACUAAGAAACUUUCAAAAAUCAAAAUUGAGGAUCAAAACUUCAAAAGAAAGCUGCUUGCCCCAUCUUCCAAUGUCAAAGCAAAGAAAGUGGUACCAAAAAUCAAAUCUGAAUCUAGUGUUGAACCAAGCGCAACCCCUAUUGUUGCUGACGGUGAGACACCAACUAUUAAUAUCAAAUCUGAAGAUGCAAACACCAAUGAAGGUAAUGUGCUUACUACUGUGCCCAUAUCAUCAGACGUAACUACCGCUGUUUCAUCCACUCUAUUCGAUGAAAACAAAUCUAGCGAAGAUAAAUCGAAUGACAACGAUAACGACUCAUUAAAGUUAAGUACAUUCUCAAGUAAAUUCAAGAAGCUUUCGGAAGAUUUCGAUAACGUUAAAAGUGAAGCACUAAAGAGUGAAAUUACCAAACCAGUAGUCACUGCAGCUAAAAAGAACAGAACCAAAGCUACUAUUACUAUCACAGAUGAUGAAGAAGAAUCUGGAGAAAGUAAUAUCGACAGUGAUGUGGAUGAUGAUAUUCCUUUAAAACCAAGAACAAAAAGAGCUGCUAGAGCAACCACAACAGCUAAAAAAUCAUAUACUGAGACAGUCGAUCUAUCAGAUGAUAGUUUUGUAGAAGAAGAAGAAGAAGAUAUUGGAUCAGAUGAAUCUUUUAAUGAUGAAUAA